GUCGCUAAGACUCAGAGAAUAUAGCCAAUACUUUCCCUUCUCGAAGUCAGACCCAUUUCCAAUGGACUUCUCCGUCAAAGCUUCCGGCGACUCUCCUUCUCCGUCCUUCUCCACCUCUUCUUCAACCCCUCACCGAUUCCAGUCCGCCUCCACUGGAACCUCCUCCACCGCUGCAGAUCGCGAUCCGAUGCAUUCAUGGUGGGAGUCCGUCUCCAAGCAGCGCUCUCGUAUCCUCUCUCUGUCCUCCAUCAUCUCUUCCACGUCUGAGGCGGAAAACGGAGAUGGAAGUCUGAUCUCCUCUCUGGCGGAUUCCGAUCGGCCGGCGCUUUCUCUCCUCUCGUCUCCGGCUGCUUACUCGUUGAUCUCCUCCGCUCUUCGCAAUCCGACCUCCGGAUCCGGAUCCGACCCGCUUUGUCAGUGGCUCUACGACACCUACCUCACUUCCGAUCCGCCACUUCGCCUCGUUGUCCUCUCGUUCCUCCCGUUGUUGGCCGGAAUCUACCUCUCUCGCAUCCACUCCUCUGAUUCGUCUGCUCUUCCUUCCCUCGCCGGAUUCGAAGCCGUGCUUCUCUCCAUCUACGCCGCUGAGGUCAAAGCGCGCUCUGGUAAACCCAUCCUCGUUCAUAUCCCAGAUCUCUCUCAGCCAUCUCUCUACCACACUCCGCGGAUCGGCGCGAUGCCUGAUUCCCCUACCGCCGCCUGCGUCGGGGUAUUGUCUCCGCCGCUCGAGCCGCAAAUGGCCGUCAAGUCAACUAAGCGCGCCGGCAUCGUCGGUGUGACACUGCAAUGCUACUUCAAGGAGAUCUCUGAGAUGCCGGCUUGGUCUAAGCUCGAAUUCUGUAAAUUUGCUGCCAGUUGGGCUGGUCAGGACUGCCCUUGCAAGGAGAAAAUAGACGGUGAUGAACCCCAAACCCUAGCAUUGACGAACGGUUUUGCUGAUUCCUCUUUCAAUAGCAGUAACGGUCAUAGCGUUGAGAUCGAGGAGGAGUUUGGUACACUGGCCAUUAGAGAGAACGGAGAGCAUCUAAGCUCCGAGGUCGGAGGCGUGAGAAUUCCGCUUCCAUGGGAGCUUCUUCAACCCAGUCUACGCAUCCUGGGUCACUGUUUACUGAGCCCUUUGAAUUCGCAAGACGUCAAAGAUGCAGCUUCGAAUGCAGUGAGAUCUCAGUAUGCAAGAGCCUCUCAUGAUUUGAAUCCGCAGGCAAUCCUCGGGACACGUAGUCUGGUUAACCUAGACAAGGGCUCGCGAGCCGGCUGCACCAGCCAUUAAUGGCUCCUCAAAUGCUAAUACUCCUAGCAAGGGGAAGAAGCCCGAGAUCCUUCUGGCUUCAAACAGAGCAAACCCUGCGGAUCUCACCGUCCGACCCGGUCUUCACUUCAGUGAGACUCAUCUUUAUCAUGGACCUCGCAAACUGGGGUCCGAAGGCAAGGACCGGUCGACGCAGUCCCAAGAAACGUUCAAUGAUGGCUCGUGUCUCGGGGUCGGACCAUAGCACCUGGUCGGACUGGAGGACCCCACGACCGGCCCUGACGUUGGAUAAGAAGGAAGUGUCGAACCGGCCUUCGCUUCCGGUGUCAAGAGCCACUCUCGUCGUUGCGUCGCCGUUGAGCGGACACUGAGCUUGAAUCUGUGGCACGAAGCUCGGGUUGAUCGAUGGGUCGGGGCUCCCAGUGUUGUUGAAGUUGAAGAACCUGUUCCUCACCACACCGCACCCAGCGGUUCCUAGGGUGUGCCCUCCUGGUUAAACCGGAAAAGAAAAUACCCAACUCAGCAAAUUUUCGGAUAAUAGUUUGAUUAUAUGAUAUCAACUGAUGGAAAUGUGUCGGUUCGUCACUAGAUACUAACAGAUGUUACUUUUGUCCGUUACACGUUCAACGUGUAUAAAACUAUAAUCAACACGAUUCGUAUUGAAUAUGCUAUCUAAUAAACAUGUUUUCUUGA